AUGCUGGCAGAGCUGGAGUUCUGUGUGCUGCUGGCAGUGACACUGCUGGGCCCAGUCCCCAGGGCCCAGGCCAUGAAAGGUGUCAAAUGUGGGGGUGUGCUCUCAGCACCUUCUGGAAACUUCUCCAGCCCCAACUUCCCCAGGCUCUACCCCUACACCACGGAGUGCAGCUGGCUGAUCGUGGUGGCUGAGGGAUCCUCCGUGCUGCUCACCUUCCACGCCUUCGUGGAGUACCAUGACACCUGCAGCUUCGACUUCCUGGAGAUCUACAAUGGGGGCCCUCCGGACCAGGGCAACCUGCUGGGAGGUUCUGCGGCCAGGUGGCCCCCGCCACCCUUCGCCUCCUCCUGGCACGUCAUGUCUGUGGUCUUCCACUCAGACAAGCACGUGGCCAGCCGAGGCUUUUCCGCGGGCUACCAAAAAGAUGCGUGUGGUGGCGUCCUGACGGGCCUGUCGGGGGUCCUCACCAGCCCCGAGCACCCCAACAACUACCCCAACAAUGUGGAGUGCCGCUGGGUGAUCCGAGCCGCUGGCCCUGCCACCGUCAAGCUGGUCUUCGUGGACUUCCAGGUGGAGGGCAGUGAGCAGUGCACCUACGACUACGUGGCUGUGCUUGGGGGGCCCGGCCCCGCCCGUGGGCACCACUACUGCGGCAGCUCCAGGCCCCCCACGCUCGUGUCGCUGGGCCACGAGCUGCAGGUGGUCUUCAAGUCUGACUUUAACAUCGGGGGCCGGGGCUUCAAGGCCUACUACUUCUCAGGAGAAUGUCAGGAGGUAUACACGGCGGUGCGGGGCAACUUCUCCAGCCCACAGUACCCCAGCUCCUACCCCAACCACAUCCGGUGCCACUGGACCAUCCGCCUGCCUCUUGGCUACCGGGUCAAAGUGUUCUUCCUGGACUUGGAACUGGAGGGGCCCAACAGCCUGACCAGGACCUGUGACUUUGACCAUCUGACAGCCUUCGACGGGGCCAGCGAGGAGGCGCCCCUGCUGGGGAGUUGGUGUGGCCACCACCUGCCACCACCGGUCACCUCGAGCCACAACCAGCUCCUGCUUCUGCUGCACACAGACCGUAGCACCACCCACAGGGGCUUCUCUGUGGCCUACAUUGGAGUGGUCCCCAUGAACGUGAGUUGCUCCCGCACGGACUUCCAGAUCCUGAUCUCCGCGCAGGCACUGGCCCCUCUAGAACGGACCAAAGUCUACCUGGGCAGCCGGAGCUGUGCUGCUCAGGAAGUUGGCAGCAACUUCCGGAUCCAGGCCCGCUUUGACACCUGCGGCACCGAGUCUCAGAGAAGAAAUAACACUUCAGUGAUCGUCAGUGUGCUGUACAUCGACUUCUCAGCGGGUGGACAGGAGGACAUCCACGAAUACGAGGUCCGCUGCGAGCCGAGGCGAAAGGAGGCCUCUGUCCACCUGCUGUCCGGCUCCCACUGGCUUGGGCCCUAUGCUGCCACGGCCGAGCACCUUCAGGAGGCACCACCCAGGGACGAGGCAGAGGCACUGGAGGGCCCCGUGGCCGUGGUGGCCCAGGACACCAGUGACAUCGUCUUCCUGGGCCUUUGCAUCCUGGCUGGAGUCCUCAUGGUCAUUGCCAUAGUGGUCCUGAUGCUGCUGUAA